AUGGUUGCUGCAACUGAUGAUAUAUUAUACGAUAAUGUCCAAGGCGAUUUGGUAGUUAAUGAUGUCCUAUAUAAUAGCCAAGAUGAAUUUGAUGUUAUUAACGAUUUUUUACAUGGAAUUGAUCAGGAUAAAUAUGAAAAUGGCAAUAUGAUGAACUUUGAAGGUGCUCAACAUAAUUUUAUUGCGAUGCUUGAUAAGUAUAUAGAUAAUUGUAAUGAGUUAUUGUCUGAUGGUGACACAGCUUCAAGUAGUGAAAGUGAUGAUAAUCAUAAUGUAACUGAAAAAGGAAAGUUAAAUCUAAGCAAGCUAAUGAAUCCUCAUAAACGUAAGGGUAAAG